GUUAGCAUGUGCCUCUUGGACAGAUAUAGACCCAUCCUCUUAACCAGCAUAUACUCAUCCGAUCCGGCUGGCGGACGACGACGGGAAAGCUCGCUCGCUCGUUUUGCGCAUUCAUAUUAGUCGAGUAUCUCUUAAUUACUUAUUCCUAACAGCACCAUCAUGACAGACAUAACUGGUCGAGAUCGCCACCGCCCGGAACAUCAUCACGCAUAUCCCGUAGCCGGCAACGUUUACUAUAGACCGAGGUCGACGGAGCGGAGGCACCGUACAGCUCCGAGCCUUCCCACUCCGCAUAUCCGGCCUCGUCCGAGGAGACCUCAGUCUAUCCAUAUCGUGUCCUACCCCGCCGGGUACACGCCGCCCGAUCUGAGGCCUACUGCCCUAGCAAAGUCCAAGUCGUCUAGGUUCAGGAAGGAAAAGAGCAACAGGGAAGACUCUAAGAAGGAAGAAGGGACUGUACAUAGGAGCUCACCGCGACGGGUAAUCGAAAAGGUGUUGGGGCCCUUGAAGUUUCAUCUCUCCCAAUACGUAGCUGUAGAUAAUCCUACGCCCCCAACCGUUGCUAGCGCCGCCGGCGAUUUGAUUCCGAGACCGAGACCGAAUACGAUAGGCGCCCCGCGUCCCAGGCCUCAUUCCAUGCUCGCAAUUCCUCCUUCCGCCACCUCUUCGAUGCUCGGUACCGCUAGCAUGACCGGCUCAGCGAACUCGCCAAUCGUGGCAACGGCCGCGCAUAAUUCGCACAGGAAUAGUACUAUGUCGGUUCGCUCAGCUAAGAGCGUAAUGAGUUCAUCAGUGACGGAGGUUCCAAAACCAGUGGCAAGCGGGAGUGGAGUUUCGUGUUCUAUAAUAUUGGCAGAACCGAAUGUAUUUCUCACCGGGUUCGAACACGACGGACACCCGCGAAACGACGCGGCCAAUUCGACCGCGCUUCUGAGGGGUAAGUUGCAGCUGAACGUGUCCAAGAACGUGAAGAUCAAGUCGGUCACUCUCAAGCUCCACGGUAGAGCCAGGACAGAAUGGCCGGAAGGUAUCCCGCCCAUCAAAGUCGAGCAAUUCGAGGAAGAAUCCCUCCGGACGCAGGUGCUGACGUUUUUCCACGCCGCGCACGAGACGUGGGAGACCGAAUUUGGUAAUCAAUGCGCUUACUCGUUACGGAGCAGCGCCGAAUGUCCCGGAUCCCGGCGUCCAGCAUCCCCUUCCCAAUCGACGGUAUCUUUAGCCUUGAAAAAUAGACCCGCCGGACAUCUGACGGCCCGCGAUUAUAAGCGACUCUCGUUGCAGUCAGUUCAGUCCCGAAGCUUCGGGAAAGGGGACACGCCCAAUCCGAACAUCGUACAGCCGAAGACGUACAAGGUUUUUUACCCCGGCACAUACGAGUAUUCGUUUGAGCUACCAAUCGACCACCAUCAGCUCGAAACUACCAAGCUCCAGUUCGGAUCGGUCAAGUGGGAGCUUGAGACGAUAGUAGAAAGAGCAGGCGCCUUCAAGCCUAAUCUACACGGGGCGAAAGAGGUCUGCAUCGUCAGGGUGCCGGAUCAGCUGUCCCUCGAAAUGACGGAGCCCAUAUCUAUCAGCAGACAGUGGGAGGAUCAACUCCAUUACGAUAUAAUGAUAUCGGGGAAGUCCUUCCCCAUCGGUACCAAAAUACCUAUCGCAUUCAAAUUGACGCCACUGGCCAAGGUGCAAGUUCAUAAGUUGAAGGUGUUCGUGACCGAGUCCAUCGAGUACUGGACUAACGACCGACGAGUCACCCGAAAGGAUCCGGGGAGGAAGAUUUUGUUAUUGGAAAAAUCUGCAGGGAAACCUCUCGACAAGCAAUUCGAGGCGUCGGAAAUAAACUUUCUGAGCGGUGGCGAACUGACCCCGGAUCAGAGGCACGAGGCACGGAUCGCGGCGCAACGACGACGGAGCCAAGAAGCAUCUAGGGCUCACACCGCACCACAGCCGUUGCCCGAUCCCGCAGAUAAUUUAUUAGGCGAUCUAGACCUGGGCUUGGAGGCUUAUUGGGGAUCGACAGAGAUUGAGAUGAAUGUCCAGAUUCCGACGUGCGAGCAGAUGGCCAAAGACAAAAGCCUACGACUUCAUCCGGAUUGCAGUUGGAAGAAUGUUAACGUGUAUCACUGGAUAAAGAUCGUCAUGCGCAUAUCCCGCCUCGACCCCGAAGACCCGGCAGGCAAGCGGCGUCGACAUUUUGAGAUUAGCAUCGAUUCGCCCUUCACCGUCCUCAACUGCCGCGCGACGCAGGCCAAUACCGCCCUGCCAGAGUACUCGGGCGCUGAUCGGCCUAUGUAUCACCAGCAGUCGAGCUGCGGCUGUCCCGACGCCGCAAUACUCGCCACCAAUCCGAGUCCCGCGUCGAGCACCGGCACGAUACCGUCCGUCGACCACACCGUCAGCGCGGCCGGCACCGGGUCUCAGGUCAUCGCACCGCCACCAGCCGCACACAUACAGCAACAUCCGGCUGCCGGAUCGCAAUCCCUACAGAGACAACCUCAAGCUCCGGUCGCCCCGAGACCCAUGCACCUCCUUAGGCAUCCUAGUUUCAAUCCUCCGGCGUUCGACGACGACGAUCCGCCACCUCCGAUGCCCACACCUCCGCCGCAGUACGACGUCGUCGUCGGAACACCUAGCGUAGACGGUCUCGCCGACUACUUCGCACGGCUAGCGAACUAUGACGAUGGUGACUCGGACAGCGCAGACGAAGAUGGUGCGCCUAGCAGGCUCACGGAGCGAAGCGGCCGGGUCAACGUGCCACAUCCAAGAACGCCCGGCGGCAGGUUGGUCCCAAGCAGAAGUCUAGAGAUUCAACGCCCACCUGUGCCCGCGACAUUUGGUAUAACUGGCGGCUUAUCGGAGCGCAGGGGUUAGUGGUAUAAUUAAUGAUACUUUGGUGAAGAGUUGUCACAGUUUGCAAGAAAGAAGGUU